AUGAAGGUCUUUCAAAAAUUUGCUGUUUCGUUCAUCGUUUUCGUGCUGAGCGAGUGCUCAAAGGAAGCUGUCUUUCGGAGAAAUAAGCAAAAAUACUUGGCGAAUCAUGUCAUCGAAACAAAACAAGCAACGUCCGAGUUUGAAUGUGGUUUGCUUUGCGAUCGUCAUUCAUUGUGUACGUCAGCCAACUACAAAACUUCUGGUAAAGAUAAAGGUCGAUGUGAACUCAACAAUAAGACAAUACAAGCAACAACCGAUGAUGAUGAACAAACAAAGCUUGGAUUCAACCAUCUUGUGAUAAUUAAACCAAACCCUGCCACAUCAAGCUGUCCGACACAACAAUCAUUCACAAAUACGUCUUUAACAUGCUCUAAUGCGGACUGGAGGCAAAGUUUUGAGAGCGAGGGCUUCUCAAAAUGUGGCGCACGAAAUCUCUUUAUCACAGGAUUUUAUCGAAGUCCGUCCAACCAUAACAAGCAUCCCAUCAGUUUACUUGAAGAAGCAAGAUGUUGCAUGUCGUCUCCUGCGUACAGCGGUCAGAAUAGUCAGUGUAACAGGACGAGUUUCAAUGGUUCUUUCAGAACAGAUGACAAAUGGAGUGUUUGUCCAGUGGGGUACUUUCUGAACGGGUUAAGACGCAGUAAUGACACAAAAUUACGUGCCAUCACAGGAGCUCUUUGCUGCAAACCUGAAAAUCAUCCUGACAAGUAUGGAUCGUGUUAUGAUGAAGAUGUUGGAUCAUCUUUUGAUCAAGAAGGAUGGUCAAACUGUUCCAAGGCUGGUUAUUACAUCACUGGUCUUUAUCGCGGAUCUGGUCAUUGGCUGAACAACAUCGAUAAAUUUCGAUGCUGUCAAAACGCUAAAAAAUAUCGAUAGAUUGCUUCGCUCUUUCGCGUCAAUUGACAAAUUUUUAAUUGUUAUUAUAAUAUAAGUGUGGCAU